CACCGAGUCGUUCACUUCGAUCUCAAAGGAGCUCCGCCGAAGAUCAGUUAUUUGAAGAAAGUCCUCCCCAUACUCAAGGAGGCAGGGGCUACAGGAGUCAUGAUGGAGUACGAGGACAUGUUCCCAUACAGUGGAUCGUUGGAGCCGGUCCGAGCGGGAAACGCAUACACCGUGGAAGAGCUGGAGGAUCUCUUGAGUUUCAUUACCGUCGACUUGAAACUGCAAGUCAUACCGCUCCUCCAGACGUUCGGUCACAUGGAAUUUGUGCUCAAGUAUGAGAAGUUCCGACACCUCCGGGAAGUCGAUGAGUUCCCAGCAGUAAUCUGUCCAUCCAAAAACGAAUCCUUCAAUGUCAUCAAGGAAAUGGCGAAUCAGGUCAGACUCGAGCUCCGGGAUUUUCCGGCUGUCAUGGCUCUGCAUUCGAAGUUCCAAGUUCGUUAUUUCCACAUUGGAUGCGACGAAGUUUUCCAUCUCGGAGACUGCAGUAUAUGCCAGACGAAGCCGAAAGACGAGCUUCUGUUAGGCCACAUGGCCCACAUCGCAGCGUACGUGCGAAAUGAUCUCAAGGUGAUACCUUUGGUCUGGGACGACAUGAUGAGACACUUCAGUGCUGAACAAAUGAAAAGGUUCCGUCUCGAUGAACUCGUGGAACCGAUGGUUUGGACAUACGUCAAAGACGUGUACAGGUUCAUUCCGUACUCGAAUUGGAUGACUUUCAGCGAAACCUUCCCAUACAUCUGGGCCGCGUCGGCAUCCAAAGGUGCUUUCGGUGAAACGCUCACGGUGCCAAAUGCGAAACAGCAUCUCGAGAAUAAUUUGGCUUGGCUAGAGGUCAUUCAGGAACAGAAGAAGAAAUUCAAGCUGUUCCGGGGACUGGUCAUCACGGGAUGGCAGAGAUACGAUCACUUCGCAACGCUGGCGGAGACCUUCCCAGCAGGUUUUCCGUCAUUGAUCUUGAGCUUGCUGUCGGCGACCGCCGGAGGUUUCACCGGCAAAGAGAAUCUCAUUCGGAGUCAGAUGUUGAAGCUCCUCGCUUGCCAAGACUCUUCACGGAGACUGGAUCUCGAAUCAGACGAAAAUCUGUACACAGCGAUGGGCCGAUGCAAUUUUCCGGGCUCAGCUGUCUUCAGAAUGACCGAGACUCAUCGCGACACAAUCAAGCGAGCGAACGAAUACUAUGACGGGGUCACGAUCCAUAAAGCAUGGUUGACACCGUACAACGUUCGACGGAAUUUCACUUUCAUAGACCGAAUAGACGAGGGUCUCGAGGAGUUCUCGUCCGUGCAGUAUACCGUGAGGGUUUUAGUCGAACAGGCACGCGAUGCCUUACGUGAAGUUUUCGAUGAGUACACCGUUGCAGAAUGGAUUGAGCAGAAUAUUUACCCCACAAUACUCAAGCUGGAUGAGCUUAAAGCUGACGCAGAUGCGAUGAGGCUGGCCCGAACCUGGCCGCGGAGACCUCUGCCCAUAAAUCCGGAUCUUCAGAGAUUCGACAUCGGUCGCCGAGAACUCUGAGAGAUCAUAGACCAACUUUGUGAUUUAGCGAUAUCAUCCCGUCAAAGGAGGGUUUUUCCCUCGACUUUAGUGGACAUCGCUCACCUCCUCUAUCAUACUCAAAAAUCUGCUCCUCCUGAUCGGAUCCAACCAAUAACUCGAGGCACCCGUCGGAAUCACAUUGAGAUCCCAUCGAGGAGCUCAUCCUUCGCAGCGUCCCAAUCGAACCAGCUGGAUCAGCAGUCGAAUUCUGACCGAGUCGUUCGUUUUCUUUGUGAGCGAGAAAAAAUCUCUAUCGAAACACUGGUAGGGAGCGUUUCCCGUUUGUGACGCCAUGCCAGCAUGCGUCAAGAAUCUCCACGAAAAGAUCCCACAACAACCUUAGACUUAGAGCUCGAGCCACCACAGAGAGGAGGGGUUCUCGCCAUGUCUUAUCCAUUGUGAAAGGUUAAUGUACUCUAAGCGGGACCGGGAUAGGAGGAGGAUUGUA